AUGGUGUACCAUCAUACACUAAACAACUUCCCAUCAUCGUCAAAUAUGUCACUCGAAAACCACGCCAGAUCUAAGAAUGUUUCCUUCGACACCAUUGACUACGCCAAUGGUCAACAAUUGAAAGACGCUAAGGACUCCAUGCUUCGUGAACAAUGGAUCCGUUCUUCUGCCCUCAAGACUGUCAGAAGAGCCCUUGAAAAGUGUUACCGUGUCAGUAACGUCAACCAGUGGGAAGACUGCAAGCCACUUGCUGAUAAGUAUCUUGAAAUGUUGCCAGAAUAUAGCAGAGUUGGUGGUUACCUUUUCUACAUGAAGAACGAUCCAAGCAAAUAA